AUGGCACCGCCAUCUACCUUAUCUCUGCUUCCCACCUCGCUCCUGGCCCUUGUCUCGCAAGUCCUCGCAGACAAUCAGUUACUUCCAACAGCUAUCAGAAAGCAGGCACCCGACGCGAGCGAGAAAAUCUUAGCAGAGCACCUUGGAUUUGUGCCAUUCCUCCAAGUCGGACCCGUCAUUCCGUCUGCCCUCUUCCUAGAUCAAGAUGCGCAAGCCAAUGGCACUUCUCGGUUUUACCCGCCAUUCGCAAAACAUGUCGACGACUCCGAAGACAAUAUUCUGAGGCGAGCAGCUGAAGCUCUCGCUUUGCUGGAAAAGAGGUCAUCAUGUCCUGCCGGAAUGAACAGCUGUGCUCAACAAGGCUCACCAAACAAAUGCUGUCAGCAAGGAACCUACUGCACCGAUGUUCCAGACACCGAUGUUGGUCAUGUUGCUUGCUGUCCCAGCGGCUCAACAUGUGGAGGAGGUGUCGGAAAGUGUCCAUCCGAUGCUACGAACUGUCCGGCAGCUUUGGGUGGUGGCUGCUGCAUCCCAGGUUAUGUGUGUCAAGGUGUUGGAUGCAUCCCGAGCGCAUCAGCAACGCCUACCACAGCCGUUCAAUCGUCCCAAACUCAAGAAACUGUCACAUCAACGAGGACCACUAUAAUUGGGGGAAACCCAACCACCGUCAUUGUCACAGUUACUCGAACAGCUUCACCAGGAGCUACGACGAAGACCACCACCCAAGUGGUUACGCCUACGACUCCAAGCACCAGUGCCGCUUCCAACACUAAUACCAAUUCCGCUACAGGGAUUCCUCCCUGGCGACCGACAGGAUCGUCUGAUGUCACAUCUUCGCCCGAGACCACGUCAAUUACACAAUCUGGCUGUCCCACUGGUUUCUAUGGCUGUUCAGCCACACAUGGCGGCGGGUGUUGUCGGACUGACCGUGACUGUCAUACUUUCUCAUGCCCGCCACCGUCUUCAACAACGAUCGUCUCUAAUGGAGCUACCAUUGUCGUCCCUGCCACGAACGUGCCAAAGUCUACUGGAAGCGCAACUUGUGCGGGUGGGUGGUUUAUGUGUGGAGAUGAUGCUGGCCCGGUAGCCGGAUGCUGUCCAUCUGGUUAUUCAUGCGGAACCGCAAGCUGUUUCACUGCUGGGCCUACUGAGACUGGUAAAGUUCAGAAGCAGGCGCCGAAUCAAUCAUCUGCUACAAGGAGUUUCAACUGGUCUUCUUCGGCCUGGGGCCUGCUCGCUAUACUGUCCUUGCUGAGCGUGAUGGGAUAUUGA